CCGAGGGCGUUUCGUGGGAGACCCCCGUCAAGGUCACCUGAGGGUUGGGAGAGGUGUUGGGUCUUCAGAAUAGGCUGGAGAAAGUGAGAAGUGGUAAAAUCCGCUCCAAAUUGGGUAAGGAGGCUGUGGGGCCUCGCUCUGAGCUGUUGCUUUCCCAUUUGUGGAUUUGAUGGUUUUCUCUGGUUGCGGGUGGGAUGGCAAUGACCUUCUCCACCCCCUCCCAGGCGUGGCUCAGGCACGUGCUGGACUGUGCGUCCUCUCUACAGAUCUUGCUGGAAACACGUGGAUGGGAGGAUGGUAAUCGAGUUUCACUGAAGCGUCGUGGGGCCAUUGGGAGCCCACCGAGGGCUCAAGUGCCUGAAUCCUCUCAGAGCUGUGCUCCAGUAGUGAGGCGUUUCCUGAGGCCCUGAAACUUGCAAGGGGCCGAGAAUGAGUGCAUCCCCUUCCCUCUCCUUGCUGGGCCCAUGUUGGCAGGGAGCAGUGCACAGUGACAGCCAGCCAGGAGGUGGAUUAAAUGGGCUCAGCAUUUAGGAGCUGGUUCUAAUUGUCACAGGAAUCAUGCAGACUCUUCCUUCCUUAAGUGGGUGAGGUGAAUCCAGCAGCACUCCUUCCCACAUAAACCACGCUCUUGGGAUUUUGCUGGCAGUGCGUGGAGUGGUGCUGGUAUGAAAGUAGGCUCCUUGGAAAUCGGACCAGCAGUUCCCUGUGCUCAGUGUGCUGGGGAGCAGGUGUGCACCUGAGCUGCUGGGUGGGAUUUGUGGGCUGUGGUGAGCUGAGGGCAGUGGUUCCUCCCCAGUGACUUAGCUGCCACAUGCAACAUGUCUGACACAUGAUCCUGCUUCUGUGCACAGGGUUCUUGACGCCUGCAGGUGGUGUCUGCAGGAGAAACCUGCUCCUAUGGGUGGCUGGGGCACUGCCGUGGGUGUCAUCGGUAUCGUGACACCUCCCAGGUUGAAUAGAGCUUACAAAAAUGGAUAGGGGCUGGGGAGUGGAUGAAUGAGCAGGACUUCAUGACAGUUCUGUGGGCUGCAGCAGCUCUGAGGGCUCCCUAUGUUCUGACCUGUGACGAGAAGGGAAGGGGACCAAACCUCCUCUCACUGCCCUUUCAACUGCUCUGUUUUCAACCCCCAGAGAGGAAGCGGUUUUACCAGAAUGUGAGCAUCUCACAAGGAGAAGGAGGCUUUGAAAUCAACCUGGACCAUCGGAAGCUGAAAACACCCCAGGCCAAGCUCUUCACUGUCCCCAGUGAGGCCUUGGCCAUUGCAGUGGCAACAGAAUGGGACUCUCAGAAAGACACCAUCAAGUUCUACACUAUGCACCUGACUACUCUGUGCAACACAGCUCUGGACAAUCCCACUCAGCGAAACAAAGUGCAGCUGAUCCGUGCAGCUGUGAAGUUCCUGGAGACUGACACUCUCUGCUAUCGUGUGGAGGAGCCAGCUGCCUUGGCAGAGCUGCAGAAGAAAGAAUGGGAUCCCAUUGUUGCCUGGGCUGAGAAAAGGUACAACGUGGCAAUCGGAUCCUCUACCAGCAUCAUGGGACCAAACAUCUCAGCCAGCACCAGGGACACCUUCAUCAGCCACCUGGCCUCCUACAACAUGUGGGCUCUGCAAGGUAUAGAAUAUGUAAUCACCCAGCUGAAAUCUCUGAUUCUGUCCAUGGGCCUGAUUGACAGGCACAUUACAGUAGAGAAAGCUGUCCUUCUGUCUCGGCUGGAGGAAGAAUACCAGAUUCAGCGGUGGGGCAAUGUGGAGUGGGCCCAUGACUAUGAUCUGUGUGAGCUGCGUGCUCGUGCAGCAGCUGGGACUCUCUUUGUUCAUCUCUGUUCAGAGAGCUCGACUGUAAAACACAAGCUGUUGCAGGACUAAGGCUGCGGGACUAGGUGGAGGAGGAAGAUGCAGUGAAUUGCUGCCGUGACCCAGAGAGGGUAACCACCAUCCUGCCACCACAGCUUGUCUGGGAUCAGCCUUGUGCUGAGGAACUGUGGCUUUAUGGGCAGCUCUUUGCUGCAGUGCAGCGCCAGCAAUUUUGAGCCCAUGAGGAGGAAAGGUCAAGGUGAGCUUCCUCUGUGUAUUCAAGGCAGCAGCGUUGUCCAUUACCAGUGUCUGUAAUUCAUGAGAGGAGCUCCCUUGAAAGAAACAGCUUCCUGGGCAGGGCACAGCACAGACACACCUAGCAUAUGCCACAUGUCUUCAUAGCUGCCAGCUCCUGACACACACUUGUUAUGGAAAUCUGAAAACAGACUCCGUUGCAUCUGUUCUUCAUCCCUCAGUGUGCCUGUAUGUAACACCAGGGUCUCUCUGUUUGAUUAAAGGCACGCCUCUGCAAGAUACUGAAAGC